AUGAUUUGCCUCCCGCCUACCGGAAUCAACCAGGGCCCGAUCUUCCUGUGGCUCGUUUGGGCUAUAUGGACCACCCGUAACUAUCUGAUCUUCGAAGAAAGAAUCUUCACACCAGAGGCCACUAUCCUAAAAGCCCUAGUUGAAGCCAGAGAAUGGCAACUCGCCCAAUCCAAGAUCGAAACCACCAAACCACACAUGCAGACACAGAAAACUUACAGGAACGGGAGCGCCACUGUAACCUGCUUCACCGAUGGAUCUUGGAACCUCGACUCUAGAACCGCCGGAUCCGGUUGGAUCUUCCUUGAUAGCACAGGAACAGAAAUAGGAGAAGGGCAAUCGGCUGAAAGAUUUGUCUCUUCCUCCCUCAUGGCUGAAGCAAUCUCGAUCAGAUCUGCCCUCAACAAUGCACUGGAGAAAGGAUUCAACGAUUUGAUUCUCAAAUCCGAUGCUCAGGACCUUGUCCUAGCCUUAACAAAGCAGGAGCCCAUCAAAGAGAUCUAUGGUCUUCUUUUCGAUAUACACGCUCUCGCAUCUCUCUUCACUUUGAUCGCUUUCACUUUCAUUCUACGAUCUCAAAACUCUAAGGCUGAUUCUCUUGGUAAGGCAGCGAACAGCCACAUUAACUCUGUACCAACCUUUGGUUAA